AUGACAUUAAUUUAUAUUCUAGUGUUCUAUGCAUUAAACUUAGUGCUUGGAAAAUUCACGACAUUGAAUGAAGCACUAUUAUUCAAUCCUAUAACCCUUUAUGUACCUGAAUGUGUAGAAUAACCAAAAUUUGAUAAUAUCAUUAUAAGUAUUCGUUAUUGGAUUGAAAUAUUACAAACUGAUGAUUGUGAUUUGUAGACUGACUUAGAAACUUUAAAGUAAAUAAAAACAACUCUCCCAGAGUCAAAUUUAUUUUUGAGUUCUUUCAUAUAAAAAGAUCAAUUUAAAAUUCAUGGAUUAAUGCAAAUCACUGAUGAUAUAUGCACAGAUGCUUAAAGUAAUAUAUAUGAUAAAAGAUUUAUAGAUUAGCCAGGCUAUAUAAUCGAUUUAUUAAAGAAAGAGCUUUAAUCAAUUAUUGAUUCUUUAGAGGAAAUUUUGGCCACACCAAAUAAGCAACGAAAGAUCUCUGCAUUAAACUCUUAAGUAGAGGAAGUCUAAACAUACCAAGAAUUUUGUUUCUAAAAGGAAGAAAGACAGAGGCGCAAGGCACAAGAUACGAUUAAUUAACAAGCACAAAACAUAAAAAACGAAGUAGGUUAUAUAGAUGAUGCUUAUGGUACAUCAAGCACUUAAAAUUAGAAUUAGGGAUCAACAGAUACAUCAUCUUCUACUUAUUAAUCCAACUAAUAAUAAUAAAACACAAAGUAUUAAGGGACUUCAUAGCCAAUCAAUUGUAAUGACCAUGCAACUUAAAGUUAAUAAUAAAGUUCUGAUCAAUAAAUUAGUGGCAGUGUUUCUUCAAACACUUAGUAAUACACUUCAAAUUAAUAAUAAACAAGUACAUCCUCAUAAUCAUAAACUUCUUAAUAACAAAAUUAAACAAUUAAUUCUUCCACUUAAUAUGAGACACAAUAACCAUCAUCUUCCCAAUAAUUUUAGAAUACAUAGGCAUAAUAAGCUACUGUUUACGAUUCCGGAUCAUAAAAUCCAAUAUAAGAACCAACUGGUAGGUCAUAAUAAACAUAUUAACCAAUUUAAAAUUCAUCAACAUAACAAAACCAACCUAUAUAUUAACCUUAAUAGUAAUUAUCCCCUGAUGCUUAAUAAUUCCCAAAUUAACCACAGACAUCAUCAGGAUCAAAUGUAAAUCCUCAAUAAUAGUAAUUAAAUCAACCUUGUGAAAUACCAAAACCACCAUAAGAGCCUCAACAAAAUCCUCCUUAAAUACCGAGUCAAAUUCCAUAACCUCAACCAACCUAAAUUCCUCCAUAAACAUAACCUUAACAACCCCCUCCUUAAGGACCUCCAUAGACUUCUACUUAAAUACCGCCCUAAGAACCUUCAUAAAUUCCACCUUAAGCACCGCGCUAAGUACCUCCUGAAGCACCACGUUAAGCACCACCCUAAGUACCACCUUAAGAACCACCUUAAGCUCCACCUUAAGCUCAACCUUAACCACCACCUUAAGCACCUCCUGAAACACCACCUUAAGCUCCACCAUAACAACCACCUUAAGCUCCACCAUAACAGCCACCGUAAGCAUCUCCUGAAACACAACCUAAAAUUACUCCGUAAAUACCUCCUUAAGACUGUUCAUAACCACCUGCUUAAGCUCCUCCACAGAACGUUCCAGUUUAACCGCCUGUUGAGCCACCGAAACCACUUGAACCUCCUGUUGAACCACCUAAACCACCUAUUGAACAAUCGAAACCACCCGUUGAACCACCAUAACCUCCAGUUUAACCACCAUAACCUCCUGUUGAACCACCUAAACCACCUGUUGAACAACCGUCACCUCCAGUUUAACCACCAUAAACUCCUGUUGAACCAUCUAAACCACCUAUUGAAUAACCAUAACCACCAUAACCACCAUAGCCAUCAUAACCUCCUGUUGAACCACCUAAACCACCUAUUGAAUAACCAUAACCUCCUGUCGAGCCACCACAACCCCCUGUCGAUCCACCUAAACCACCUGUUGAACCACCUAAACCUCCAGUACAAUAACCACAGUCACCCUCACCUACAGAAACAUAAAAACCUUCUGAAACUGUAAUUUCACCAACUUCAAAAGAAUAAAUUAAAACAAACAUAACAGUCAAUGGAAACAGAACUACUGAAGUUGAAGGUUUGAUCAAAUAAUUACAAGAAGGGAAAAUGGAAAAUGUUUCCAUUAAUAUUACUGUUUACUAAAAUUCAAAUACAACAACGAUUGGAAGUUAAAAUGGGGAAUUGUUAACAAUACUAGAGGCAUUAUGUAAAUAAUAUAAUUUAAUUAAAAGUAUCAACAUAACCCGCUUGUUCUGCUCCAGCUUAACCAGUAGUAGUAGUAGUAUAAUAAGAGGAUGACGAUUGUAAGGAAAUAGUAUAACCAAUCAAACCAAAACCAGAAGAAAAGCCAAUAGUUGUUAUUUAAUCAGAAGAAGAAGAAGAAGAAGAAUUAUAUCCUGAAAUGUCCUUUCCAGAGCCAAAAUAAGAAGAUCAACCAGAACCUGAAGAAUAACCUGAAUCUAUAUCAGAGGAAGAAAUGGAGCCUCUUCCAGAGGAAGAACCUGAACCAGAAGAAAUCACAGAAGAAGUAACUGAUCCCAUUCCAGAUGAACCUAUUAGUGUUAAUACUACAAAACCUGCUGAACCUUUGCCUUUACCAGAAGAAGAGGAACCUUUUGAAGAAUAACCUUAUUUUGAAGAAUAAAUUCCAUAUGAGGAAGAACCUUACUUUGAAGAAUUACCAGAAGAAAUAAUACCUUCUGAUACUAAAAACAUAACUAAACCUGCUGAACCUCUUCCUAUACCUGAACCAGAAGAUGAGCCUUUUUAAGAAGAAUUUAUUGAACCAGAUCCUAUUGAAGAUCCAGCUGAUACAUUUAAUGAAACAAAAAUUGUUGAACCUCUUCCUAUUCCUGAAGAAUAAUAUUUUGAAGAGGAGAUAACUGUAAUAGAAGAACCUUUUGUUAAUUAAACUAAGCCAGCUGAACCUAUUGAAAUCCCAGAAGAGUUAGAACCUGAAGAAAUUGUAGUAGUGAAAAAUGAAACGAAAUAAGCUGAACCAAUACCUAUCCCAGAAGAAGAACCAGAGGAAUAUAUUCCUGAAGAAGUUGUUGUUGUAUCAGAUUCAAAAAAUACCACAAAAACAAGUUAACCCUUACCAAUUCCAGAGGAUGAUAAUGAAGAAAUAAUCUAUGAGGAAUUUUACUAUGAAGAAUAUUACGAAGAAAUUGUUGUAAUAACACCUGUUAAAAACACAACUAAAUCUGCAGCUCCUUUGCCUUUCCCAGAGGAUGAAGAUGAUGAUGAUUGGGGUUAGAUGGCCUUCGGAGAUGAAAGUGAUGAGGGUGAAUGGGAAACUUAUUGGGAUGGAUCUUAAUAUGUUAAAAGAAAGAAAUCCACCACUGUUAUCGAAUAUGAAUAUUAUUGGGAUGUUGAUUCCUAAAGUUAUAAAACUAGAGUCAAGGGAUCUGGUCCUAAUGAGGAUGAUUAUGAACUCUAUUGGGACGGUUCAAGAUACUUGAAGAGAAAAAAAGGAACUUAGACUUAUGAUAAAAAUACAAAGCCAUCAGGAACAUAUACUUAUGAUGGUUAUGUUUAUGAACAAUAUUGGGAUCAAAGUUCAAAUUCUUAUUUAUGGAGAAGAUAUAGAGUAGGUUCAACAUAAUAUGAAAGUGGAUAUUAUGAAUUUUAUUGGGAUGAAAGUACUCAAACUUAUAAAUUCAAAUAAUCCAGUUCUUCUACUAGCACAACUAAAUCGAGCUCUUAGAGUUCUUAUACAUAUAAUGGAUACUAAUAUGAGUAAUAUUGGGAUCAAUCUUCAAAUUCUUACAAAUGGAGAAGAAGGUAGGUAGGAUCAAAUACAUGGGAAUCCGGGGAUUAUGAAUAUUAUUGGGAUUCAACUAGCCAAAGUUAUAAGUUCAGACAAUCAGGUAGUUCUUCAACGUAAAGUUCUUAAACUUCUUAUACAUAUAAUGGAUAUUACUAUGAAUAAUAUUGGGAUCAAUCUUCAAGUUCUUACAAAUGGAAAAGAAGAUAGGUAGGAUCAAAUACUUGGGAAUCUGGAGAAUAUGAAUAUUAUUGGGAUUCAACUAGCCAAAGCUAUAAGUUCAGACAAUCAGGUAGUUCUUCAACGUAAAGUUCUUAAACUUCUUAUACAUAUAAUGGAUAUUACUAUGAAUAAUAUUGGGAUCAAUCUUCAAAUUCUUACAAAUGGAGAAGAAGGUAGGUAGGAUCAAAUACUUGGGAAUCUGGAGAAUAUGAAUAUUAUUGGGAUUCAAAUAAUUAGGCUUAUGUUUGGAGAUUGAAAAAAUAAUCAUAGUCGUAAGAAGAGGAGUAUGAGUGGCAAUGGGAUUGGGAUACUAAUUCUUAUUAAUGGAGAAGGAAAGCAGGUUCAUAUGAUACAAAUCAAUACGAAUAAUAUUGGGAUUCAACAAGCUAAUCCUAUUAGUGGAGAAAGAAAAGUAGUUCUUCUUAUAAUUAUGAUGAUGGCGAAUAUGAAUAUUAUUGGGAUGCUAAUACCUAAUCUUAUUAGACUAGAUAGAAAGGUAGUGCUUCUCAAUAAAUUGAGUAUGAGUAUUAUUGGGAUUAUGACACUUAAUCUUACUAAGUUCGUGAAAAGGGAAGCAGUUAACAAUCAGAAGGAUAUUCAACUUCAUCAAGUUCAACUACAUAUUAUGAAUAAUAUUGGGAUGCUGAUUCCUAAUCAUAUAAGUGGAGAGUAGUUUCGAACGAUUAAGUAAGUCAAGCAAGUACUUAUGAUGAUGGAUAAUAUGAAUAUUAUUGGGAUGCAUCUACAAACUCCUAUAAGACAAGAUUAAAAUAAAGAGGUGGAAGCAGCUCCUCACAAUAUUCUUACUCUGAUGGUGAACAAACUUAUUCAUACUCUACAACAUAUAAUGUAACUUCAAGCACUGAUUACUGGGAAGAAUAUUAUGUAAAUGAAGAAGGUGAAAUGGUUACUUUAAAUAAAGGAGCUUCAUUUUUAAAUAAUAAUGAUAUUUUAUAAUCAGAUAACCAAUCACAUGAAAAAUGGAUUAGCUAAGAUGUAUAUUUUGUAUUUAAAAUUAGGCUAAAUAAACAGAUGAUUCAUUAGAAUCUUAAGAUGAUCCAACUAAUCAGGCAAAAUUCAUCUAUAAAACUAAUCCAGUAUGGGAAAAGGAUGAGGAAUAAAUUUACAAGUCUUACAAUUUAAGAAGCAAGAAUAUUAAGAAUGCUGCAAAAAUGAAAAACAUUAAUAAUAAUCAUAAUAAUAAUAAUAAUCAAUAGAAUAAACCAAAGAAAUAAAUUGUUGCUACAAGUUUCAAUUUCAGAACUAUCCCAUUAGCAUAGGAUGAUAAAGUUGAAAAACAACAACAAUUGAAAAAUUAACCAGAAUUUAUUGAUAAAAAGGAAGCCACUGAUGAAUAAUAGAAUUCUUCUGUGUUUAGGAAAAUAAUGAAUAUUUUUAGUCAUAAUUGA